AUGCUGCUUGAUUUACCAAAUGAAAUGCUGCUGCGCAUCGCAGAGCAUCUGACAGUUACAGAGCAUAUAAGUGCUUUUGCUCAAGCGAACACCCACUUUUACAGCCUCCUAAAUCCCUUGCUUUAUCGUUAUGAUGUGCAACACCGUGAAAGUUCGGCAUUAUUAUGGGCUGCAGAGUAUGGGAGAAAGGUGACAGCUCGAAAGUCGCUAGAUCAAGGAGCUAGCUUGAAGGCUCUGUCUUACUCGCUUAAGCUAGCAGCAAAAAACGCGCAUGAGGAAGUGAUCGAACUUUUGCUUGCAAUGGAGGGCGUCGACCCAGAUUCCAAGGACUUAUUCGGACGGACGCCGCUGUCAUAUGCCACAGAACAUGAGAAUACGGCCGUUUUCAAGCUACUCCUCGCAACGGAGGGCGUCAACCCAGACUCCAGGGAUCAUAAUAACCAAACGCCGCUAUCGUACGCAGCGCAAGGGGAACAAGAGGAAGUGGUCAGGCUAUUGCUCGCAACAGAGGCAAAAAGAGGCUCCGAAGCAACGGUCAAGCAACUUCUCGGAAUCGAAGACGUCAAACCAGAUUCCAAGGACCUAUUUGGACGGACGCCGCUGUCGAAUGCCACAGAACAUGAGGAUACGGCUGUGUUCAAGCUACUGCUCGCAUCGGAGGGCGUUGACCCAGACUCCAAGGAUCGUAACAACCGAACGCCGCUUUCCCGUGCAGCACAGUUUGGAAAUCUAGCAGUGGUAGAGCUACUGAUCGCGACGGAACGUGUCAACCCAGACUAUAGGGAUUCUAAAGGACGGACACCGCUAUGGUAUGCAGCUGAAUACAAUCGUGGGGUCGUGGUCCUGCUACUGCUCUCAACUGAGGGCGUCAACCCAGACCCUAAGGACUCGUACGGAGGAACGCCAAAAUGGCUCUCUUCAUAUCGGCAGAUUCAUUAUAACCGUCUAGGUAGCUCUGCUAUCAAGACUUCCCAAUACUAA